AUGCCCGACAUGUCCCAGUCGCGCAGCAUUACAGAUUUCUUCAAGCGGCCAGCGCUGACAAAGCAAGACAUUCACUCCGAUAGCAACCCAGGCGAAGCUCUUACUGCGGCACCACAGUCUUCACCCCUCACCGAGGCCUCAUCGUCGUUCCUAGCAAACGAUGGCUCUCCACAAACCCCAGAUGGACCUGCCUCACAGUUGAAAGAGUCGUUACUAUCAUCGGUUCAGGACACCUCUCCAAAGCCGACGCCUCAGCAGAGUUUCCAAAGUAGUAACGGGACUAUUGUCGGCGACCCAUCUUCAGCGCUAAGUUUCAAUUCAUCUCAGCGGAUUGUCAAGAACGGGAAGGAAGUUGUCAUUAGCUCCGAUGGAGAGGAUACAGACUCGGUGGCUUCUUUUGAGCAACUAGAAGAUCCUCUAUUGAUGUUCAUGAAACCCAAACCAACGGCCGCAAGCGAAACGACAGAAAUUGCGAACAAUAUCGGCGACUCAGGGAUGGCGUUGCGUUCGCGAAGGCUCAAAGAUACAAAGAGGUCUUCGAAUCCCGACUCCUCGAAAGUCUCAGUCCCGCAAUACAAGUUUUCACUCGAUGAUCUUGUGACCCAAGCAGUUGAUGAUAACGAAACCGAGGCAACCAUUGCAAGAUUGAAAGCUGUACGCGAGAAUGAGAGUUCUUCAAAACUAGACACUCCUCCUAGUAGGCAGCUGAAUGAAGGAAUAUUGACAUCAGCACUUGGUGAUCAGGAUGAUGAGCUAGGAUUACAGCGUCUACUUGAUGCCGUCAGAAGGACAGAGGCGCUUGAAAUGGAGAAAUUCUGGUCAUUCUUUGACUACGAAGCAAAAGCUCUGCCUGCCUUGCAAUUCCCGCGAGAGUCCAUAGCUCCGGGGACAUAUCUGGCGGUACUGCGAGAACCAGAAUCUAGAGAGCGAGCCUUUCACUCUGGCGCUCUUGAAUUCGCUAUAUCCAGAGCAUACCUCCCCGAUGAGCUGAUUUCUUGGAUCUUUCAUUCGGUGCCUUGCGAGCCUCGGGAGAGCCUGAGGCAUGCGUAUUGCAGGGUUUUCAAGCAUGCUACCGCUGAACGCAUGAAAUCCCUGCUUCGACCGGGCGAUAUUAAUAGUCUCUUUCAGCGGCUGGGCGCCAGCUCCAAAGCGCUGGAUAUUUCUGAACCGGCUAUCCCAGAACCAGCAGCUCAGAACAGUCAUUCGCGCGAAACACCUCAGCACCAGGCGUGCUUGCUGUCUGUUUUGGAAUUACUCCGCGGUGCCGCAGAACUAUUUGCCGACGACACCAGGGAACAUCUAUUGAAUAUUCUCUUCCGUCUCGCGCUCGACAUUUCCCUUACCAGCAACGCUAUCGUUUGCUCAGACUUAGAAAAGACUAUCACGGCAGUUAUGGAGAGCGUCCCCGAAGACACGGCUGAUAGCCUGUUGCAUCGUGUCUGCACAUCUGCCUACAACACCUUCAAAGACUCCGUAUUUCAGAGUCGCCUCCUGAAACAUAUUUUACCUACCUCGAGUCGGAUCGCAGCGCUGAGGUGCCGUCUGGCACUGGCCUUCUUAACGAGCGAUCCAACUCGACUGGCCGAGGCCCCUGAUGUAAUGAGAGAUCUAAAGAUGAUUAUCGACCUUUUGAAGGAUCGGCGAUUUAACAUCAACCUACAUAAAGGAAAACGAAAUCCUGAGUAUGAUUAUGGAGAACUCAGUGCAGUGACAGCACUUCUCGACAUAACCAUUGACUCUGGAUGGUCUGAACUGGCAUUUUCAACGAAAGAGACCGAAAAAGAGUUUAAUGCCGAGGUUGACAGGCUUGCUGAUCGGGUCAAGAAGAUCUUCGUGUCGAUUCAAGACUCAGGCGCGUCUCAUCUCAAGCGAACUUUAGCCAAGGAGGCCCUUGAAACUUUGCACUACCGCAUUGUCUAUUCUGUGAGGUCGAAACCGCGUCCGAAGAAAACACUGUUUGGCGAUUUCGGGGCUGAAGAUGGACGCACCCAAGGUGAUAUGCGGCAAUAUGUAAAAUCGAGGAGAGAGGAAGACAAGAAUGAUACCCAAAUGCCUAUUCGAAGUCAUGAACAUCCUGCUUGA